GUGUGUGGCUUAUUUGAUCCAAUGUGCUGCUGCGACUCCAAACUACAGCCCACAGUGGACUGAAUUCACCAGAUUUAUCAUCAAAACUGCAGCUGCCUCGCCCGUGGAAGCAGCUGUUUAAGACAGGAUGCAGUGAACUCAUCCUAUCAAUAAACUGCCGCUUCAGGAAAGGGGCGGAGCAACGUGGAGAGGAGCGAAGUACACAAAACAUUUUAAUGUCUUCUACCAUGAAAUUAGCAUUAAGCACCUUCUAGAAACUGAAAUGCUGCUCAGUGGAGGGAUCUGCUGCAGGACGUCCCUGACUGAUGUCCAGACUGAUGUCCUGGCCUUCUUUGGUGGAUUAAUUAUUGUUUUCUACCUGCUGAAACUCACCUGGAGAUGCUGGUGUGGACUCAGACAGUUUGUCUUGUCUGAACAAUGGCAAGUGGAUUUUAGGAAGUACGGACGAUGGGCAGUUGUUACUGGAGCUACAUCUGGUAUAGGUAAAGCAUAUGCCUAUGAGCUGGCACAGAGAGGUCUGGAUGUUGUUUUGAUUGGCAGAUCUGAAGAUAAGCUGCGAGUGGUUGCCAAAGAGAUUGAAAAUGAAUAUGAUAGAAAGACUCACACCAUUCAGGUGGACUUCACUGACGGCUGCAACAUUUAUCCUGUGAUAGCCAAGAAACUGCAAGGCCUGGAGAUUGGAAUUCUGGUUAACAACGUGGGAAUGAUCUGUUCGGAUCACUUUGCCUAUUUUCUGGAAAUACCGGAUCUUGAUCAGAAAAUCACUCAGAUUGUCAAUUGCAACAUGCUGCCUGUCGCUCAGGUGACCAGACUGGUCCUUCCAAGCAUGGUGGAAAGAGGAACAGGACUGAUCAUUAACAUCUCAUCUGAAGUGGGUGUCCGCCCACAGCCUUUGUUGGCUCUAUACUCUGCAUCCAAGGUUUUUGUUUCACAUUUCUCUCAAUGUCUACAUGCUGAGUACAAGUCAAAGGGMAUCACUGUUCAGUGUGUGACCCCACUCAUGGUGUCCACCAACAUGACCCACAACAUGAAGGUCAAUGUUUUGGUAAAGAGCGCUGCUGAGUUCGCCCGUGAGGCCAUGAACACUGUGGGUCACUCCAGCUACACCAGCGGCUGUUUGUCUCACGCUCUGCAGAGCGCAGUGCUCAGGUUCCUCCUGCCUGACUGGCUCCGCAUGUCGACAUUCUUCAUCAGGAAACUGAGGAGCCUUCCAAGCAUUACAGUACAUGAAAACAAAUCCAGUAAAGAAAAGGAAYGACUUGUUUUAAAAGAGGAGUAGCGUUUGUUUUAAGAUGACUUAGGUAAUUUUAGACUUGUCCUAUAUGGCUGUACUUUCAAUGUUGUUUUAUGUUUUUACAAUUUCAUGUACAUUUUUACCAGUUUAACCACUUCUACACACUUUUAGCCAUGAAAAAGUUUAUCAACAUGUUCAGUUCAUUCAGAUGCAAGAUUUAAAGUUCAACAAAUAUAUAUUGUUUG